CUCCUCCUCCACCACCACCAGUAACCCGCUGCUUUGUUUUCUUCUCACCUGGACGCUGCUGCUGAACGCCACUGGACCUACCUCUCUCUCUCUCCCCCAGACACCCUGGUUUUCAUCUUACUCCUCCUUUGCCUUUAGCCCCUCUCCCCCCACCUUUUGUGCACCUCUCCCGGCUCCCUCUUUCCCACCCUGCCUGACCCCCUACAGACCACCUGCCUCACUUUCUGCAUUCCUUUGGGGGACUAAUUUUGGUCUUCGCGCUUGCUCACUUGCUUUUGCCAGAGGUGGGGAGAAAGAAAGAAAGAAAGAAAGAGAAAGAAAGAAAAGGGCAACUAGAAUACAGCCCUUCUCCAGGACAGCCCUCUUCAGUUCCAUCGGUGCAAGCUCAUGCUUUUCUUCUGAUCUGGCUCUUCUUUUCUUAUCCGAGGCACAGUUAAGCUAACACAGCUUUCAAGAUGAGCAUGAAUGGCGGAUCCCAUCCCAGGCUCAACACCUUGGGCAGGAUGAUCAGAGCGGAGUCCGGCCCGGAUAUGCGCUACGAAAUGAACUCCCACAUGAUGGGCGGCGGCGGCGGCGGGGGAAGCAGCCAUACUCACAAAAUGUAUUACGUCCAGAAAAGCUACGUCGGGGACAUCAACUCAGAAGGAUAUACUCAAAAUGGAACUGCUACAGUAUCCCGCCGUCAGAACACCAUUCAGGACCUUCUGCAAAAUUGCUCAGAUUGCCUCAUGCGUGCCGAACUCAUAGUGCAACCUGAACUAAAGUAUGGAGAUGGAAUCCAGAUUAGCAGGAACCGAGAGCUGGAGGAUUGCUUUGCUCAGGCAAAUGAACACAUGGACAUCCUUGAUGGGCUGAUCAGAGAAAUGAGACAAAUGGGUCAGCCAUGUGAACUCUACCAGAAAAGACUGCUUCAGCUUCAAGAGCAGAUGCGUGCCCUCUACAAGGCCAUCAGUGUACCCCGUGUCCGAAGGGCUAGUUCCAAAGGUGGUGGCUACAGCUCUCAGAGUGCUUCAGGUUGGGAUGAAUACACUAGGCGGGUCACCAGUGAAUGUCUGAACUGGAUGAGACAGCAGAAGACUGACAUGGAGUUAGUAAAAUGGGGAUUUGACGCUGCAGCUGUUGAACAACAAAUCGCUGAGCAUAGAAGAUUCCAUAAUUCUAUUGGAGACUAUCGCUGGCACUUGGAUAAAGUGAAAACUGAUCUGCGUGAGAAAGCUGCUGUACACCAACUGGAGGAAGAAUAUGAAUAUCUGUUGAGGUUCUCCUUUGAAAGAAUGGAUCAACUGCGCCAGUUGCAGAACAUCAUCCAAGCCACUAGCAGGGAAAUCAUGUGGAUCAAUGACUGUGAGGAGGAAGAGCUUCUCUAUGAUUGGAGUGACAGGAACACUGAUAUUGCAAGGAAACAGGAAGCCUUCUCUAAACGCAUGAGCCAGCUGGAAGUUAAAGAAAAGGAACUCAACAAACUUAAGCAAGAAUGUGACCAGUUGGUACUCAGCCAGCACCCUGCUUCUGACAAAAUUGAGGCCUAUAUGGAUACCCUGCAAACUCAGUGGAGUUGGAUUCUUCAGAUCACCAAGUGCAUUGAUGUUCAUCUCAAGGAAAAUGCAGCAUACUUUCAGUUUUUUGAGGAAGCCCAGUCUACUGAAAACUACUUGAAGAACUUACAGGAUGCCAUCAGAAAAAAGUUCAUCUGUGAUAAAAACAUGUCCUUGCAAGUUCUGCUGGAACAGAUCAAAGAAUUAGAGGCUGAGCGAGAGAAAAUUCUGGAGUACAGGAGGCAGGUGCAAAAUUUGGUGAAUAAAUCAAAGAAGAUAGUACAGUUGAAACCCCGUAACCCUGAUUAUAAGACCAAUAAGCCCAUCAUUCUCAGGGCUUUGUGUGACUACAAACAAGAUUUGAAAACUAUGCGCAAAGGAGAUGAGUGCAUUUUAAAAGACAACAGCGAACGUAGCAAAUGGCAUGUGACUGGACCAGGAGGGGUAGAUAUGCUAGUGCCAUCUGUUAGUCUCAUUAUCCCGCCUCCUAAUCCAUUAGCUGUGGAUCUGGCGACCAAAAUUGAACAGUACUACGAAGCUAUUAUGGCUCUCUGGAAUCAACUUUACAUCAACAUGAAGAGCCUGGUGUCUUGGCAUUAUUGUAUCAUUGAUAUUGAAAAAAUCAAGGCUAUGACUAUUGCCAAGCUGAAGACAAUGCGCAGAGAAGAUUAUCAAAGAAUAAUUGCUGACUUGGAGAUCCAUUACCAAGAAUUUAUCAGGAACAGCCAAGGCUCAGAGAUGUUUGGUGAUGAUGAUAAGAGGAAGAUCCAGACUCAGUUCACUGAUGCUCAGAAGCAUUACCAGACAUUGAUCAUCCAGCUUCCGGGUUCACAUCCUACUCCAAUUAUUCCAGUAACAGUUGAACAAAGUUUAGAAAAGGGCCGGGAACAGGAAAAGCAGGAGGCCUGGCUACUCAUGGAACUCCAGAAACUUCGUCGCCAAAUUGAAAACUGUGAGCUCAGAAUGGUGCAGAGGACCACCCUCCAGUUGGAUCAAGGGGCCUCUCAUAAUUUGUCUGUCAGAAUCAGUGAAUUAGAGGGUAUACAAAAUGAAUCCCAGUCAAUGGCAGAGGCUCUCAACAGGCAGAAAGAUUAUCUUCCAAAUUUUAGAGGCUCUGAGAAGUAUCUCUAUUUGCAGUCUGAAAUUAAUGCUUUGUUUCAGAAGUUGGAAAAUAUUAAUGGGGUUUCUGAUGGCUAUUUGGACAGCUUGAAAGCACUGCGAUCACUGCUUCAGGCAAUUCUCCAGACAGAUGAUGUGAUUCGAGUAUUCGAAAUUAGGCUUACAGAAGAGGACACUCUUUCUUUGGAUCCAGAUAAAGUAGAGGCCUAUCGAGCUUGCCUAAAGAAAAUGAAAGCAGACCUUAGUAUGAAGAAGUCCCUGCUUGGAACUUUGGAAGCAGAGCUGCAGAAAGCUCUCCAGAUUCACUCCCAGUCUUCUCAGAUAUACCCUCUCUAUGACUUAGAUCUUGGAAAAUUUGCUGAUAGAGUCAGCCAGCUAACAGACCGCUGGCAAAGGGUGGAGAAACAGCUGGAUGACAGAUCUUGGGAUUUAGAAAAACAGGUGAAGCAGCUGAGAACCUAUCGGGAUCUUUACCAGGCUUUGAAUAAAUGGAUCUGUGAUGCCAAGCGCCGACAGGACACUAUUGAAGCCAUGAAAUUGGGAGAUGUUAGCACUGUCAUGAGAUACUUGCAGGAGCAAAAGAACUUGCACAGUGAAAUUACAGGCAAGCGUGACAGAGUGGAAGAAGUGAUCAAGAAUGCAGAAGUGUGCUCACUUGCAAUCAAGGAUUAUGAACUCCAGGCUGCAGCUUAUAGUUCAGGACUAGAAACUUUACUGAACAUUCCUGUCAAGCGGAGCAUGGUCCAGUCUCCUUCAGGCCUUAUUCUACAAGAGGCUGCAGAGAUUCAAUCUCGAUAUAUCGAGCUUCUUACAAGAUCAGGAGAUUAUUACAAGUUCUUGAGUGAAAUGUUAAAGAGCUUGGAAGAUAUAAAGAUGAAAAGCACCAGAAUAGAACUACUGGAAGAAGAACUGAGAUUGGCCAAAGAUGCCAAUUCUGAUAGCAGCAAUAAGCACAAGUUCCUGGAGCAAAACCUGCAGAAGUAUCAAGUGGAAUGUUCUCAGCUGAAAGCUAAAUUCAUAAGUUUGGAAGAAAUGAAGAGACAAGUUGAGAUGGAUGGCAGUACAGCCAAGCAAAACCUAGACAAAUGCUAUGCUCAAAUAAAAGAUCUGAAUGAUAGGAUAACAAGGCUGACUUAUGAGAUUGAAGAUGAGAAGAGGAAAAGGAAGCUGUUGGAAGACAGAUAUGAUCAGCAGAAGACAGAUUUUGAUCAAUUACAGAAGACAAGGCAAAAUGAAAAAGAAAGCCUUGGUUGGCAAAAGAUAGAAUCAGAGAAAAUCGUCAAAGAGAAGGAGUAUGAGAUAGAAAGGUUAAGGGUUCUUCUCCAGGACGAGGGGACACGGAAGAGGGAAUAUGAGAAUGAGUUGGCUAAGGUAAGAAACCAGUUUAAUGAGGAGAUGAGUAAUAUAAAGAACAAGUAUGAAACAGAGAUUAACAUUAAGAAGACCACCAUUCAUCAGAUAGCUGCACAAAAAGAAGAUGAUGCCAAGAACCUCCGUGCUCAGAUUGAUCGAUUACAGAGAGAAAAUAGAGACCUGAAGGAUGAGAUCGUCAGGCUCAAUGAUGCCAUUUUGGACACUACAGAACAGCGAAGGAGGGCAGAAGAAAAUGUCCUUCAGCAGAAGGCUUGUGGCUCAGAGGUGAUGCAGCAGAAACAACAGAUAGAAUUGGAAUUGAAACAGAUCAUCCAGCUGCGUAAUGAAGACAACACAAGGUACAAGCAAGCCCUUGAAGAUGCAGCUUCAACCAUCCAGGAAAAAGCCAAGGAGAUUGAAAGGUUAAAGAUUCAGCUGCAAGAAGAGGCUAAAGGCCGAUGGGAACUUGAAAAUGAGUUGGCUAAGGUAAGGAACAGUUAUGAUGAGGAAAUUAUUAGUUUAAAGAACAAGUAUGAAACUGAGAUUAAUAUCACAAAGACCACGAUAAACCAGGUGACUGUGAAAAAAGAAGAGGAGGCCAGUAAUUACAGAGCCCAGCUGGACAAUGCUGUAAGAGAAAAUAGGAGUUUGUGUGAGGAAAUUAGGAGACUGAAGAACACACUAAGUCAGACAACAGAGAACCUUAGACAAGUAGAAGAAAGUGCUCACCAGCAAAAAGCUAUUGGAUCGGAAAUCUCACAAAAGAAACAACAGCUUGAAAAAGAGUUAAAGCAGACUGUUCAGACAUUCACAGAGGAGAUCACACAUUAUAAACAGUCCCUCGAUGAUGCGGGAAGAACAGUUAAGGAGAAAAAUAAAGAGAUUGAAAAAAUCAGAAAAUUGUUAGAUGCAGAAAUAAGCCAAAGGAAAUCAAUGGAGGAAGAAAAUAUUCGCUUGCAAAGGAUCCAGUAUGACCUGGAGAAGGCUAACAUCAAUGCAACAGAAACCAUCAGCAGAUUAAAAGUUCAAGAGCAGGAGUUGGGACGCCUAAAGAGUGAAUAUGAAAGGCUUGCACAAGACAAGAAAGGGAAGGAUCAAGAGAGUACAAGGCUCCAGAGCACAAUAAAAGAAAUGCAACAUAAAAAGCACAUGCUGGAGGAGGAACUUAAUAGGCAGUCUAGAAUUGUAGCAGAUGAAACUUCCAAAAGGAAAAAUGUGGAAGAAGAGUUAGAAGCUAUGAGGAGAACCUUGAGAGACCAAGCUGUUAAAAUCACUAAUCUCACUCAACAGAUAGAGGAGAUCUCUAUUGUAAAGAAACGGAGUGAAGAUGACUUGAGGCACCAAAGAGACGUGCUAGAUAGUCACAUGAGAGAUAAACAGCGGUACAUGGAGGAGAUAAGAAAGUACACGUCUGAGGUUGAAACCUUGCGUCGCCAGAUGGUUCAAGAGCAGGAGAAUUUAAAACAGGCACAUAUUCGCAAUGAGCACUUGCAGAAAGCUAUUGAAGAUAAGAGCAAAAGCCUCAAUGAGUGCAAGAUAGAAAUUGAAAGACUUCAGUCUCUUACUGAGAAUCUAACAAAAGAACACUUGAUGCUAGAAGAAGAAUUGCGAAAUUUAAGGUUGGAGUAUGAUGAUCUAAGAAGGGGCAGAAGUGAAGUUGAUGAGGAAAAAAAUGCCACAAUUCUUGAGCUAAAGAAUCAACUACAAACAAGCAACAAGCAUACCCUGGAACUUCAGGGUGUGAUAAAUGGUUUACAGAAAGAAAGGGAAAAUUUGAGACAGGAAAUUGAAAAAUUCCAAAAGCAGGCUCUGGAGACAUCCCAUAGGAUUCAAGAAUCCAAAAACCAGUGUAAUCAUAUCAUGCAAGAACGAGAAGCCUUACUAAUGAAAAUAAAGAACCUGGAACAAGACAAAGCGAGAUUGCUUAGGUUAGAGGAAGAACUGAAUCGUACCAAAGGUACGCUGGACUCAGAGUCUCGCUUGAAAGUACGGCUAGAAAAUGAGAAGCAGCAGAUAUUGAAUGACUUAAAUCAGUGGAAAAGCCAAUAUUCCCGGAAAGAAGAGACAAUCAGGAAAAUUGAAUCUGAGCGAGAGAAGAGUGAGAGGGAGAAAAGUUCCUUGUUGGUAGAAAUUGAGAGGCUGCAGGCAGAGAUCAAGAGGAUUGAAGAAAGGUAUAGAUGCCGUUUAGAAGAGACAAGCAGAAAGAGCCAGUCAGAGAUGGAGGCAGAACGGUUGAGAUUGCAAAGGGAAAUUGAGAAAUUAAAGCAACGUCCAUAUGUGGCACACAGAGGCACCCAGACAGAAGAAGACUUCAUGAUUGAUCCUUCUAAGUUGCUUUUCAAUGGUCUGCGGAAAAAGAUCACAGCAGUACAGCUGUAUGAGUGUCAGCUGAUAGACAAAAGCACCCUAGAUAAGCUGUUGAGAGGACAGAAGUCAGUGGAGGAAGUUGCUGCUGAACUUGAACCUUACCUUAGAGGAGCUGGGGCUAUAGCAGGUGCUUCUCUUAACCCCAAAGAUAAGUAUUCUCUGGUGGAGGCCAAACGUAAACAGCUUCUUACUCCAGAGAAUACAGUCCUCCUUUUGGAGGCCCAGGCAGCCACUGGAGGGGUAAUUGAUCCCCAUCGGAAUGAAUUACUGAGUGUGGACAGUGCUAUUGCUAGAGACCUGAUUGAUUUUGAUGACAGGGAACAAAUCUACACAGCUGAGAAAGCUAUCACUGGGUUUAAAGAUCCCUUCUCAGGAAAAACAGUGCCUAUUGCAGAAGCUAUCAAGAAGAAUUUUGUUGACAGAGAGACUGGGAUACGUCUACUUGAAGCCCAGCUGGCUGCAGGAGGAAUUGUUGAUCCUAUCAAUAGUGUCUUCUUGCCAAAAGAUAUUGCUUUAUCCCGUGGGGUGAUUGAUCGAGAUUUGUAUAGAGCUUUGAAUAAUCCAUCAAAGCCCUUAAUUGAUCCUGUUACUAAGAAGGCCAUAAGUUACAUGAAACUCCGAGAAAAAUGUAGAAUUGAACCACACACAGGUUUACUUCUCCUUCCUGUGCAGAAGAGAAGCAUGUCAUUUCAAGGGAUCAGGAAGCCUAUCCCUGUUUCUGAAUUGGUUGAGUCUGGCAUAAUUCGGGAGUCAACAGCAAAUGAUCUGGAAACUGGAGUAAUCACUGUUGAAGAAGUCACUGAUCGAAUCAAAGAUUUCCUCCAGGGUUCCAGCUGCAUAGCUGGUAUUUAUAAUGAGGCCACUAGAGAAAAGCUUGGUGUGUACCAGGCCAUGAAAAUAGGCUUGGUUAGACCAGGGACAGCUCUUGAGCUUUUGGAAGCUCAGGCAGCUACUGGAUUCAUUGUGGACCCUGUAAGUAAUUCAAGGCUUACUGUGGAAGAAGCUUACAAGAGAGGCCUCGUUGGAAUAGAAUUUAAAGAGAAACUUCUGUCUGCCGAAAAAGCAGUCACUGGGUACAAAGAUCCAGAAACAGGAAAUAUCAUCUCCUUGUUCCAAGCAAUGAACAAGGAACUCAUUGAGAAAGGCCACGGUAUUCGUUUGCUGGAGGCCCAGAUAGCCACUGGUGGGAUCAUUGACCCUAAGGAAAGCCAUCGUUUGCCAGUGCGCACAGCUUAUCAACGGGGCUACUUUAAUGAAGAACUGAACGAUAUUCUGUCUGAUCCCAGUGAUGAUACCAAGGGAUUUUUUGACCCCAAUACAGAAGAAAAUUUGACCUACUUGCAGUUGAAAGAAAGAUGUAAAAUAGAUGAAGGAACUGGGCUCUGCCUGUUACCACUGAGAGAGAGGAAGAAGGUGGUGCAGACUUCUCAGAAAAAUACACUUCGGAAACGCAGAGUUGUCAUUGUAGAUCCUGACACAGGCAAAGAAAUGUCAGUCCAGGAGGCUUAUAAUAAAGGCCUCAUAGAUUAUGACACUUACAUGGAACUUUCAGACCAGGAAUGUGAAUGGGAAGAAAUAACUACUACUGGAUCAGAUGGGAGCACAAGAGUUGUGCUUGUAGAUAGGAAAACAGGCCACCAAUAUGACAUCCAAGAUGCCAUUGAUAAAGGCCUUGUUGACAGAAAAUUUUUUGAUCAGUACCGUUCUGGAUCUCUAAGCCUCACGCAGUUUGCAGACAUGAUUGCUAGCAGAAAUGGGGGUGAUGAAGUCUUCAAGCAUGAAUCCAUUGUUCGGUCUCCCACUGUAGUGAGUGUCAAGAGUUCUUCCAUCUUGCUAAAAAGCAGUUCUGGCUCCUUUUCUGAUUCCCCAGAAGAAACCACUCCCAUUGCAGCCAUAUUUGACACAGAAAAUUUGGAGAAGAUCUCAAUUUCAGAAGCUGUACAACGGGGGAUUGUUGAUACCAUCACUGCCCAACGUUUGCUUGAAGCCCAGGCUUGUACUGGAGGCAUCAUAUGCCCUACCACAGGCCAGCGUGUUUCCCUCCAGGAUGCAGUUGCCCAAGGCAUCAUUGACCAUGAGAUGGCUACACGACUGAAGCCAGCUCAGAAAGCCUUCAUUGGGUUUGAAGGUAUUAAGGGGCGAAAGAGAAUGUCGGCAGCAGAGGCAGUGAAGGAGAAGUGGUUGCCUUAUGAAGCUGGGCAGCGCUUCCUUGAAUUUCAGUUUAUCACAGGAGGCCUCGUUGACCCUGAAGUACAUGGGAGAAUAAGUACAGAAGAAGCUAUUAGGAAAGGAUUGAUUGAUGGCCGGACUUCCCAAAGGUUGCAAGAUGUAGGCAACUAUGCAAAGAUUUUGACCUGCCCCAAAACAAAGCUGAAGAUCUCCUAUAGAGAGGCAAUGAAUCGCUCAAUGGUGGAAGACCAGACUGGGCUCAGAUUGCUUGAAGCAUCUUCUGUGUCAUCCAAAGGCAUAUCCAGCCCAUAUAAUGUCUCUUCAGCACCAGGCUCCCGUUCAGGCUCCCGUUCGGGUUCACGUUCGGGUUCACGUUCGGGCUCACGCAGUGGAUCAAGGAGAGGAAGCUUUGAUGCAGGCACAAGUUCUUCAUAUUCUUACUCCUACACAACAGUCAGCAGCAGCACUCUUGGGCGCUAGACAUUAAUCAGUGUACCUACCCUUUUAUCUAUGUCUGCUUGUUUAAACAAAAGAAAACUAACAGAAAAAAAAUCCAAUGCAUACCUAAACACACAGGCUGGUGGUAAUAUUGGUACAGUAGUUGCUUGGGUGAAAUAGCUAAGCUACAGCAUAGAAGCUUAAACCCAAAUACAAAGCUGCAAAAAAAUGCUUCCUGGGAGGGGAUGCUAUAUUUCUCCUUUUUUUAAAAAAAAAUGGCCUAAUACUUUGGCACAUGAGCGUGGUUUGUAAACUGUUAAGAAAGCAACACCUGCCUCUUUGAAAACAUGUCGCAAUUUGCCUCUUUAUUGUUAUUCCAUUACUCAUGCAUGUCUGCAGAAUAUUAGGCUAACACCCAUGUUUUUUGUAUCAUUUGUCAGGUUUUUUUAAAGCCACUUUAGAUGUUUCCCUGCAUAAUGAUGAUAGCUUCCAACUGAUGUUAUACUUGAUUAGAUUGAGUUACUUUCUCAGUUACUUCAGGUUUAUUUAGAGUGGACACUGCUUUUCUGUUUCUGUGACUUGUUUUCUGUGCAACACUAUAGAGGCCUGACUACAUGAACUUUAUUAUUCUUGCAAUAAAAGUUUAACCAUUUUUAACUCA